AUGCUGAGGAGGAGGAGGUCCGGAGGAGCUGACUACUCCACCCUCUCAUCACCCUCUGGCAGAUACACCAAACCCUCCGCCUCCCUCUUCCCAUCCCCUCGAGUUUCCCCUUGCGGUCUCACCGGCAAGGGGUUCUCAGACCCACAAGUUGUGAUGAACCCUACCUCCAUUCUAGUGACCAACCUCUCCUCUACCGGAGGGAACACCUCCUCCGGAGUAAACUUGAUGAAGCCUUCUGCAGAGGCCUCCGGCCGGCCGCCGCAUGAGAACCGGCGGCGCUUCUGGGAGAGCGGGGGCUUAAGAGGCGUCGGGCUCGCCAUUGUUGAUGCUCUCAACGACGAGGGAAGUGAGUCGAGAUCGUCUAGACUCCAUCAAAGGAUGGUCUUUCUCGGAUCGCGACUGAAGAUCCAGAUACCGCCGGCACCUCAGUCAUCCUGCGUCGAAUCCCCUCGCGUUCCGAUCGAAUUCGGCAUCAAAACCAAGAAUUUGCUUCUUGGUUCCCUCUCGCCGAGCUGGAGUCCGAAGGUGGAGGCCUCGGCUCCCCCGCUUCUUGCGGGUUCUCUAUCCAUGGCUGAGAGGGAGCUCUCGGAGGACUACACCUGUGUGAUCACCCGCGGGCCGAACCCGAAGACCGCCCACAUCUUCAACGGCUAUGUUGUGGAAAGCCGAGGCGAAGGCCUACCUGCCCAGUGGAGGGCGAGUAGCUUGCUGACAAAUCAACCAGAGGACUCUUCGGCGGGGUUUUUGAGCAUCUGCUAUUUCUGCAAGAGGGGUCUGGGGCUGGGCAAGGAAACGUAUAUUUACAGGUCAGUCAUUGGCUCUUUCUCUCAUCAUCAACGACUACUCCAUCACCAGCGAUAAUCUGGGAGAUGUUCUUCAGAAAACAAUACGCGAGAAGCAAGCUUCUUUGACUAGUUAUUUUAUCUAACGUAAGGUUCUCAUGGUAGACUAUGAUCGCCUGCUUUCCAGGGGUGACAAGUCGUUCUGCAGUAUGGAAUGCCGGCACCAGACGAUGCUGUUCGACGCCGAGGUGGACGACUAUUCCUCGAAGCUCGCCCGGUCCCCAUGA